AUGCGAAAACGGGAAAAGGGUAGAUUUAAGGCUGAGUGUGAAAUAGGAACCGGGAGUGAUAAGAUGAAGCAGGCAAAAAUUGGACGUUGGAUCCGAGAUAAUGUCUUUCUCCCUCAUCCAAAUCUUGGACAAUCGCUGGCCUCAUCGAAGCCCAUUUCUUUGUUUCGACCAAAUGGGUGGUCCUUGAUAAGAUCCCAUGAUCUGGCUCCGGAAGCCGACUUGAAGACAAGCUAUCUGCAUCGACGCCCCCCCCGGAGGAAUUGGGAGAAUUCAACUCUGGUAGUUGCAACAACUGUCGACGUGUUGGUAAGAGAAAAAAUAAUUGCUAGUGCUCGUCGGAAAAGAGGUUUAGACUGGCUCCAGUCAAUGGAAAGUAUGGAAUUCUCCAACAAAACCCACUAA